GUAAGGUGCCCGGGGGCUGGUAUAGGCGCCAGGGGUAUAUAUAAACGUACGUGCAACUAGACGAGUACCAAUAUAUAGGUAUAUAUAUCGUGCCAAGGGCAGCACCGACGAUCGUCCAACGACAUACACCCGCAAUCCUCGCGCGCCUUUUUGCACUUAGACGAGCAUAUCACUUGUCCCUCCACACCACCUCCGGGCCACGCCAACCUAAACCAAACCCGAUAGGGAGUUAGUUACAAAAAAAGGGAACAGAAACCCUCUCAACGAAGAUGCAGUACCCCAACGUCUUUACCCUCGGGACCGCGCUCCUCCUCCUCGCCUCGGCUGGCGGCACGGCGGCCCAGGUCUUCGAGGGGCAAGGCCAUAUCGCGGUGCUGAACAGCACCGACUUCGCGUCGGCGACGGCGGCGGACACCAUCGGGUGCCUCAACGCAGCCGGAGGGCUGACGGCGGCGCCCGACGGCUGCGCCGUCUUCCGCAAGGCGACAACGGCCAUCGUCAGCGCCGACGGCAACUGCACGUUCCGCGACUCCUCGCAGCCCACCAACUCCGACAGUCAAUACGGCUCCCGGUCCUACGCCUGGCACUGCACUCCAGACUACGCGGCUACGGUGUACGACUCGUUCUACACCGUUAAGGGAUUUGCGCACCCGUUCCUGUGCCACGGUGAUAUCCGCUGCUACUACGACAUCAAGGACCUGCCGAGCUCGAGCGCUGAGGCGAACCCGGUCUGGGAGUUUCUAUGGGGAGGGUCCCAGCCGUCAGUACCAGAGGGGCACGUCAAGGUGCUCUGGCUGUGGCAGCCGGUGGCCUAGGCGACGUCGUGAUUGGGCGGUUUUAAUUUUUUUUUGCUGUUUGUGUUUACUAUUUCAUGCGCCUCCGUUUCCCAUCCGUUUAUUCCUCCGGAUGCCGCUAGAUCAUACGGGAAGGAGAACAGAUGUAACAAGGCCGGACGGAGGCGUCCCGAUUCGGCUACUCACCUCCGAGGAGUGU